AUGAAAAUAUUUGCAAUACCAAUAAUAAAAAAUCGUACAACAUAUUAUUGUCAUCAUAAAUCAAAAAAAGCAACAACAUUAACAAAAUUAACAAAUUAUGCAACAAAAAAAUGGGAUGCAUUGUCAAAUGUUGAUAAGAAGAGUUUAAAAGGUAGAAUUUAUAUAACGGGACAAAGAUUAUUGGAUAAAAUGGAUUAUCAAGAAUAUUUUCUUAAAGGUGUUCCUAUGAGGGAAGAAAGGGGCGAUGAUAAAAGUUCAGUGCCUUUAUUGUAUCCUUCUGACGUAAUUACACCCGAACUAACAGUCGAUAGCCUUCAACGAUUGUUAGAGAGUAGACUACCGUAUCAUCGAAAAUACAUGAUUUACUCUGCAUUAUUUGUUCCUUUAUCAUCCACAUUUACGAUAGUUCCUAUUUUACCUAAUAUACCAUUAUUCUAUAAUCUAUUCCGCUUGUACAGUCAUUAUAAAGCAUAUAAAGGAGCACAACAUUUGUCUCAUGUAAUAAAUGAUAAAAGGCUUGUCCCAACAGAAUCAAAGGAAUUAAAUAGAAUUUAUAAUGGAUUAGAUUUAAAUGAUAGUAAUAAUGCUAUUGAUGAACAAAGAAUUCAUAACAUUGCGAAAAAAUUCGGUUUAAUCGCAUUGGAAGUUGAUGUUAAAAGAGCAAGACAUCAAAUUUUAGAAAAAAUAAAAAAAGAAUCACAACAAGAAAAGGUGAUUGAUGGUGAUGUCUCAAACCUGAAUGGUAUUCAAAAAACGAAUAGUAAAGUUCAUAAUGGCAAAAAGACUUUAGACAAUGAAACUUGA